CCCUCACAUUGCUAUGUGCCUGACUGGAGACAGUACCCGCUAGCACCUAGUUUAUAUGAAGACAGAGAGUGUUUACUUCCUAAACACUGUGGACUUAGGAGUUGGAAGCAAGUGAAAACGGAUAGUUUGAUCCGUAACAACGAUGACCUCCGGCAUUCUUGUAGCUAUUAAUUCCUUGCAGUGCAUUUCUGGCAUGCCUCAUGGUAAGAAGUCCAUAUGAGCCAGGGGAGUCUCAUUAAUACCUCCACUGUAAAGAGCUUUUAUUGUGGGCUGAAACUUGAGAACUGUGAGUGGUUACCUGAGCUCCAAAGGGAUGACUCUCCGCAGGCCAGCUGACCACCAACGAAGAGCUCAGAGCUGGAGGAGAUCAGGAGAUGAGUCCUACUGGGAGAGCUUAUUAACAGAGGGGGAGGCUUUGCCCCGUGUUUCUCGCCCCCCACGUGCACCUCGGCCCCAGAGUGCCAUUGAAGGACACCAGCUGGACGACUGGCUGGAGCACCUGCAGAGGAUAGAGAGCGAACUUCUCAGAGCCCCAGUUCAGGAUCAAGUUCCAGCUUUCAGUCACUGGACAACAUCCAUGCCUGCACUUGACAAAGAGGCAACCGGACGUGCCUGGAGACAGCCGGGGAUUCCUUCCUUUAGCAGGGGUUCAUCUUCAUGUGGAAGUCCCAGCCUGUGUGAGAGCUCUCUGGGCAGCCAGGAGUCCCUCCAAACUGGGUUUUUUUCUCCUCCAAAGCACAGAGAAAGCUGGGAGAGAGCUCAUAUGAUGCAGGCCCCAAGGAAGGAGCAGGCUCAACUCAGUAGUCUUGCUCCAGUCAAAAUUGGGUGGCUGCCAAUCCAAAGAAGAGUGAUGAUGGUCGGUGAUGCUUGCAACCAAAGCCAGUUUUUGGACCACUCUGCUGGCCAGGUGAAAUUAAAACAAACCAUCACUCCAACAGUUCAGAAGAAUCUAGCAACAGCAAACAGGCACCAGGAUGGAGAGGUGGAGAGAAGUCAAAGUGCUUUAGGUGAGAAGACGUGGCAGACACCCGAUCAAGGCUCUUCUAAUAUUAAACAGGUGCCAGAAAAACAAAGCUUUCCUGCAAACGAAGGCUACAAACCUGUAGGUUGGCAAGCUCUGAGGAGAGGUUGGAAUACCAACAGGGUGUCAGCUUUCCUUGGAGGCAAUCGGUCCAAUGAGAUCCGCACAGGCACCAGCUCAGACCCCAACGGGAAGUCCUCUGUGAUGAAAACAACCAGCAUAGAGCCCCUCGAGCAUGCUUCUCUUCAUCAAACAACUGUUGCUGAUCCCUUCAAACCCUCACACACUCUGCCGCAAAGGACAAACAGCACAGAUACAAACAAAACACAUAUGCCUUUGCUUAGAACAGGCAGUGUUCAGCCUAUAAGGGCAACAGCCCCGCUGUGUAGAACGAACAGUAUCUCACAGCCUUCACACAUACAGACAAACUCCGCUGUGACUACACUCAUCCCUCAGAACAAGGCCGGAUUCUCCUCUAUCACCAUCUCCUCCAGGAAAUUGAGCAGAUCGUACAGUAGUUUGCCCGGCCCCGACACCUGCAACCACUCUUCCCAAUCCAGUGAAUUUGCUUCUUCGCCACCAUCCCACCAGUCCACGGACCCAAACGCCAGGCAGGUCACAUUGCAGAGGAAGGCCACUAUAGUCAAAGUGACAGAGCAAAGGAUGGUGUCCAGCUCGAGCACACAAAGGGCAGGGUCCCCACCAACUAGUCCUACUUUGGACACAGUGGUCCACAGACGAAAGGCUACCAUGAUCAAAGUGACAAAGCACAAGGAAAGCUACAGCACAGCCAAAGCAGGGUCUGGGAUGAGGCACCCAGAGUACAGACACAGCUACACAGAGGGAGUGUACAAGGAAAACAGCAUGUGGAGUCCUGGAAACCAUUCACAACACAAUGCAGCACCUUCAUAUCACCAUCUGGAUUCCACAAAGGGGCCAAACUCAACUGAAGCACCAAAUCCAUCCACUGCAGAUCCAGAGAAAAAUGGCAGAACACUCCACAGAUCCACACUGAGUCUUUUUGUGAGCAACCUCCCUGCUAUAGCAGCACCCGCUCCCUCAGAGGUUUCUCCAAAGGCUGUUGGACAGAGAUGGGACAGGCCGCACAGGCCACUCAGCUGCUAUGGUAAUAUGUUUGGACACACUGAGCCAAGCAAGGAGAAUGUGACAGAACCAGCCGCCAGUAAAUGGAGCUUUGAGCAACCACAAGAGACUGUUAUCAACCCUGUGAACUCCGACAGUAGUUUCAUCAGCCGCCGAACAGCAGCAAAAGAAGCGGGUCAGCUAGAGGCAGACACGUUGAAGCCAAACGGAGGCCAGAAAGAAAGAUUUCCGCUAGAGAUUGCAGUGAGGAGAGCAUCCCCCUGUCUAACUCUGAUCAAGGCUCCAGAUCCCCAUUCACAUCAGUCUCAAGAGGAAGUGCUUGCCCUCAAUGCAGCUGCCAUCAUAGCAAAUAUCAAACUCCAAAGACAACUUAGUAAGAAGAAGUCAUCAAAUGGCAAUUGUGAGAAGGACACCGCUGCAUCACCCCAGGGAAAUACUGUUGUGACAGCGGACGGGGAAUGUAUGAAACCAGAUCCAGAUCAAAGAACAGUCCAGGGCCACAACCAGCCUCAUGCUCCAUUUGUUCCACUGAGCCCUGACCCUCAAACUCUUUCUCUACAGGAUGCACUGCAGCGGUGCAGGCCAGACUUCAUCAGUCGUUCCAAGAGCAGACUGAGAGAGCUGGAGCUAAGAGCACAGGAGAGGAGGGAUCUGGCGGACUCGGUAGACCCACGGUCCGAUGCUGCUCUUAGGCAGAGGAGAGCCCACAGUGCCCGGUGUACCUCUCUGAAAGAUAACCUUUUCAAACCCAGGGACAGAGCCAUUACUGGGAAAGAAAUGCAGCUGAGAUCUAAGCGUUCGAAUGCUGAGAUGAAAAAGAAAAAAACGGAAGAGAAGAAGAGGGAGACGUGUUUGAGCAACAGACAGCGAGUUGAACUUUUUAAAAAGAAACUGUUGGCUCAGCUUCUUCAAAAGAGCAACAGCUGAAAAGACUGACAAGAGAUGAUGAUGUUGACAUGACAAAGCCUGCAGCAUUGCAUAACAGAUGAACUUUGACCUUUGACAGUGCUGAACAUGAGUUAAACUAUCAGUGUAGGUCAUGAUAUACCUCCAGCUGUCCUUUAGCCCCUGUUUGUUUCUCUCAUGUGUUAACAUUACUUAUUAUUCAAGUUACAGAGCUUACCAUCUGUUUUUCUGAGAGAUAAAACCAUGGCAAGCUUUCAGAAGGCCCGGAUAGUCAUUUAACAUCGCUUACUGUAGAACUUUUUUGAAGGUUUUCCAGGACCUUCAAAAUCUCUUUUGCCCAUCUGGAUAAAGAGAUAUAUAUUUCUGAUGCACAAUAAAAGAAGACCUUUAACCAGUUUUCCUCAUUGCGACUCUACUUUAUUAACUAAACAUAAACGAAUGAGAAGUUUUUUAAUAAUAAUGUGUUUUACAACUCCAGCAUGGAGAUGCUGAGUAAGAGACACAAAUUAGCAGUUUAGGACAGGUUUAAUUGUCUUGGCCAGAUGACAGAAAAUACUUGAUGCACUCGGAAAGAGGAGUCCUUAAGGAUUCUGGAAAUACCGUUGAAGCAGCACUAAGUGUUGUUAAAUGGCCUUCUGGGUUCUUGAAAAAUUGCCAUAAAUGAUGUCUUAUGUCUUUUGAGAAAAAAAAGAUGUUGAUCUCUGUGCCUCAGCUGUCAUAGCUGCUUGUGAUAUGCAAUUACAAAUGAAGAUGGCCAAAGUGUAUGUCUGAAAUCAUGUCUCAACAUUCUGUUUUGGUCGUAUCACAUUGUCUUAUGUCUUUUGAGAAAAAAACAGAUGCUGAUCUCUGUGCCUCAGCUGUCCUAGCUGCUUGUGAAACGCAAUUACAAAUGAACACGGCCAAAAUGAAUGUCUGAAAUCAUGUCUCAACAUUCUGUUUUGGUUGUAUCACAUUAUAAAUCAUAAGGACACACUAGCUGACUUUUGAUGUAAGAUAUAAGCCAACAAUGUAUGCAGUUCAUCUGUGUUAUCUUGUUUUCAGUUGAUUGCAAAUUGCAUUUCUUUACUAGGAAUACUUCAUGUAAUGGGAUACAGAGUAAGCUCUCACUGCACAAUGAAGCACCCAUGUCCUCACACAGCCACUUUCACAUGAUGACAUGUGACGUGAAGCAGUGAUACAAAACAAAAUCAUUUAUAAUGCUUCACAGUCCCUUCCAGGACAGUCUUGUCCAGGACAACUGCCAUCCUCAUUAUACAACCAAUAAGCAGAGUGAAGCAUGAAGUGGGCUCUCCCUUUAUUCGGUGCCAGCUAUUAGCUGUUAAGAUGGGGCAAUGUGACCUCUUCUCACCGGAAAUGCCCUGUUAAUGGACACUCCCGGUUUGAAUGGAUCUUUUGUCCCUAUCUUUGUCCCAUGAGGACUGGAGCCCUCCAUAGCAGAUUUAGAUUUGUGGGAUUUAAAGUGAAUGUGCUCAGAGGGCUGCUCACCAACAUGAUGGAGCUGGGAAUAAAUCAAAAGUGAGAUGUGUGAAUAUUUAUUUGUGAGACAGCAGAGCAGACACUCUUCAUAUUCCUAAUUGUUAUUUUACUCAUUAGCUUUUAAAGUCAGAGUUCUUCCAUAGUCCAGCUGUUUCAUCUAUCUGAAUUUGCACUGAUGUCUUGGUUUAUGUAAACCUCAUAUUAAUGUCAUGUCAGUGCCCAUGCAUGUGUGGGUGUCUUUAGACAAUAGGAGAUCAUCAAUAACAGCACUCAUGGCUCAUAAUUGUUUCUGUCUUUUUUAAAUUAGUAAUUUUAGACUAGAAAGUAGAACUAUGACUGCGGGUUAAAGAAGGUUAUUAUAUAUGUAUACAGUGUGUGUGUGUGUGUUUUUUCUAUUCAACUUUACAUAGAAUGAUUCACUAUGCAAUGUAAUUCUUUAAACUUCAACUUUAUUUUAUAUUUGAAAUUAAUUAGAAGUAUUUCAUAUUUGAGUUGUGUUUACAUAUUUUUUUCUUCGAAAUGUGACUGUAAAAUGUUUGUCUCUAAGCACCGGUGAAAAGUUGUUUUUUCUACCAACUGCAUCAACAUAAUAACAGAGGUUAGAUAAAAUAAGGUCCAUGAAGUUAGGAUUUAUUGUUGUGUAUUAUCUGUCCUUGCACACUAACAGAAAGUCCUAUUUUACUGUCUGCUCCCUGCACCUUAUCUUUCUUCAAGCAUUCUGGUUCUUAGAAAAAGCCAAAAAAUCGGCUUUGUAACAUCCUAACUGAUUGUUGAGUCCCAGUGAAAUCUGCAUGCAGAGAAAAAAUCCGCAGUGGUCUUUUAUUUCCAUUCAUAUUUCAUUCUCAAAGAGGAGUUUUGAGAAAUUGAGGUUUCUGAGCAUCAUGUCACUAGGCUGCACCCUAUAGUUCCUAUUUCAUCCGGUGUGGGGCAAUGAUUGGAUAUGCUCUUGUGACUAU